CCAUCCGCAGCCAACUUUGCGUUGGUUAUGACUAGUAGAAAUUCUGUUUGUUGCCGACGAUAAAAAAAAAUUCACAAAAGAUUUAGGCAGAAAGAAAGCACAGCAGCAAUAUGGGACAAAAUCAAUCGGCCCAAGGGGGAGCUGGAGACAAGAAGGAUGACAAGGAUAAAAAGAAGAAGUACGAACCUCCAAUUCCGACCCGCGUCGGCAAGAAGAAGCGCCGUGCCAAGGGUCCAGAUGCAGCCAUGAAGCUGCCUCAGGUGACGCCGCACACCCGCUGCCGCCUAAAGCUGCUCAAGUUGGAGCGCAUCAAGGACUACCUCAUGAUGGAAGACGAAUUCAUCCGCAACCAGGAGCGUCUGAAGCCACAGGAUGAAAAGAACGAGGAGGAGCGCUCCAAGGUCGACGACCUGCGCGGUACACCUAUGUCGGUGGGCAACCUCGAAGAGAUCAUAGACGACAAUCAUGCCAUUGUGUCAACGUCUGUCGGUUCCGAGCACUACGUUAGCAUUCUAUCUUUCGUGGACAAGGACCAGCUGGAGCCUGGAUGCUCCGUCCUGCUCAACCACAAAGUUCACGCUGUCGUAGGAGUUCUUAGCGAUGACACCGAUCCCAUGGUCACCGUGAUGAAGCUGGAAAAAGCCCCUCAGGAGACAUACGCGGACAUUGGUGGCUUGGACACCCAGAUCCAGGAAAUCAAGGAGUCGGUGGAAUUGCCACUGACACAUCCUGAGUACUACGAGGAGAUGGGCAUCAAGCCACCAAAGGGUGUUAUCCUAUAUGGUCCUCCUGGUACAGGAAAAACCUUGCUGGCCAAGGCGGUGGCCAAUCAGACCUCCGCCACUUUCCUGCGCGUUGUGGGUUCCGAACUGAUUCAGAAGUAUCUGGGAGACGGACCUAAGCUGGUUCGAGAGCUUUUCCGCGUGGCUGAGGAGCAUGCUCCCUCCAUUGUGUUCAUCGACGAAAUUGAUGCCGUCGGUACAAAGCGGUACGACUCGAACUCUGGUGGCGAGCGAGAGAUCCAGCGUACCAUGUUGGAGUUGCUCAACCAGCUUGACGGAUUUGAUUCGCGUGGUGACGUCAAGGUUAUCAUGGCCACUAACCGCAUUGAGACUUUGGAUCCGGCGCUGAUCCGCCCCGGUCGUAUCGACCGAAAGAUCGAGUUCCCACUGCCGGAUGAAAAGACUAAGCGCCGCAUCUUCACCAUUCAUACAUCCCGUAUGACACUGGCCGAGGACGUUAACCUCAGUGAAUUGAUCAUGGCUAAGGAUGAUCUCUCGGGUGCUGACAUAAAGGCCAUCUGCACAGAGGCCGGUUUGAUGGCGCUGCGCGAGCGCCGCAUGAAGGUGACCAACGAGGACUUCAAGAAGUCGAAGGAAAGCGUUCUCUACCGAAAGAAGGAGGGUACGCCCGAGGGCCUGUAUUUAUAAGUCGCAAGAAGAUCUACUAUGUUCAGUUAAUUUUGAUAAUUCCCAAACACAUGCAUUAAACCACAUUAACAUUA